AUGGUUGAGCACCAUGUUUGUUUCUUCUUAGUUUUGAAAAGGUUCCCUCCUUGUGAGCUCAAGUGUCCUCGUGGUCUGACGGAGGGGGACUUCCUGAACCUGCUGAAGUCUACCAUUCCUGGGCUGGCUGGUGGUCGACCUUUUACGAUUUUAGCUGAUCAAGGUGGUCAGAUCAGCCCUCUGAGGGUAGAGAGUGUGACCCCAGAGGAGCUCCGUAGGACUAGAGGGUCCACCGGGAGUCCGGUCAUCUAUGUCCAGCUGAAGGAGAAGCUGCCUCUCACAGAAGACCUUCGCCACCCCCCUGGUCCAUCCACUCCACUGACCAGAGUUCAGCCCGUCAGGUCUCAGAGCGCAGAACUGCCGGUGGAACAACUGGUGGAACUGAAGAUCUGCAUCCUGGACGACCCCACCAUCGAAGAGAUAACGCCCCUUGUGUUUCAGAAAUACUCCAUCCACGAUGUCCAGUUUCCCAUGUACCAGCAGGAGACCCAGUUCCUGGACUCAGUUCGGUCCUUGUUUCCUUUGCUGGUCGGCAAAGAUUUUGAUUUUCUCAUCUGUCACGGCAACAAACUGAAACCUUUACAAGUACAGAAUCCAACUCCCCAGAAGAUCAAAUUCAUCAUCAGGUCCUUCACUGGGACUGUCCUCUACAUCCGACUGAAGGGACAGGAGAACGUCCAGGACGAUGCAGCGACGGCUCAUUCAAACGAUCAGACCAAGCCUCCAACAAGUGAAUGUCGUCAACAGAGAAAAAGAAAGACAAGAGUUCUGUCCAGGAAAUCAAAGUCACUUCGCAGAGAGGAUGAAACGGACGACAGCCUGGACAUGGACCACGACACCGAGGCCGUCUCUGCCGAGCCCUCCACUCUGCAGCCUCAACUCCCACAUCCCAGUUCACAGAAGAUGAAGGAACAAAGUGUCCAACGUCCAGAUGUAGGAGCAAACAGCCUGUUGGACGAAGAUGAAACCGAGGACAGCGAGGACAGCGAGUACGAUAAGCCCGAGCCUUCCCGUCUCUGGUCCAUGCCACCCUUGUUGCCUCAACCCACCACAAAACUGCAAAGCUAUAGCCCAGAACCCAAGAAGGCGACUGAGGAGCAACAUGUCCAACCUUCAGAGGUGGUCACAAAUAGAAGUUUAGAAGACGAGGAGACGGAGGACAGCGAGGACUGCGACGAUGAUGGCAACGCAGUCUCUACCAAACACUUGCCUCAACAGCCACCGAGGUCUAACAGAGAGAAGCAAAGCAGAAACCCUGAACCUGCGAAGACGACGGGACAAAGUGUCAAACCUUCAACAGAGAGGCAGACGGAGAGCAAAGACACGAUGGACGCCGAGGACGGCAGUCCUCCCCUACUCUUGACUCUGCUGCAGACGUCCAAUAAUGACUCGGAUCAAAACAGAAACCCUGAACCUGUGGAGGAUGAGCAACGUGCCGCGUCUUCAAGCUUCCUGUUGGAGAACAAAGCGCCGCAGAACCACGAGGCGAGCGGCGGCGUCCUGGCUCUGCAGUACAGCAGAAACCCUGAACCCCUCAGGCUGAAGGAACCGGUCCAGCCUUCAGUUCUCCCAAACAGCCAAACGUCUGAGCCUUCUCCGGCCAUCAUCAACAUCCCUCUGGUACCUUGCAAGGUGUGCAGCAGUUUACGAGGGUCAGAGAACAUGCUGCUCAAACACGCGUGGACUCAUGUGAAUGAACAAGGCAUGCUCUGUGGCGUGUGUGGGGAGCGCUCCGAGUCCACAGACGAGCUGCGGCGUCACCUUCAGGCCCACCAGAAGACCCACAACUGCACCAUCUGCGGCAAGUCCUUCCUCACCCUCAGUAGCUUCAGGGGUCACAUGAAUCUGCACGAAGGGAAGAGACCUUACAAAUGUCCAACGUGCCACAAAACCUUCGCGGCCAAGUCGGUGCUGAACAAACACGUUCAAACCCACAAGGGCGAAUUCAAGUGCACCUUGUGCCACAGGUCCUUUUCUUCUGACAUUAGGCUGAAACUCCACCUGCUGACCCACCCCGACAGGAAGCAGGACGGAGCUCAAACGUCGGCGGCGCUCAGCCCCGCCCACACGCCGGCCAAAGAGAAGCGGUUCAGCUGUGAAGUCUGCCACAAGUCCUUCUUCACUAAGAAGGCCUUCCAGAAACACGCCGCGAGGCACGGCACCACGACGCCAACCGCUUGA